AUGGCGGCUGCAAAAUGCGAAGGAAAUAGUUUCUGGGACGAAAUUGAACAUUUAACCACGAUAUUACGAAGAGAAAACCGCACUAAACAGAUUUCAAGGCUAGGCGGAGAACGUAAUCCACCUUGCAAGGACACGUCGAGACCAGAAGUUAUAAAAAAAAUCGAAUUUUUUAUCGAGGGAUUGCUGAUUAAACUUGGUCAAAAUAAUCUGCCAGAUAUUCAAUUCAAGAACAGAUGUUCAUGGGCAAAUGUGACGUUUGAAGAAGAUGUCGGUGUAGGGAUGAACAAAAAUGCUUCAGAAACUUCAGUGAAACUGAACGCAAGCUAUUCUGUGCAAAAGUAUGCAAUAACUUUAAAAAUUUUACGUAUUGCAUAUGGGUUGCUGCAAGAGAAUGUUUACUCAACAAAAAGGGACAUCUUCUAUAACGAUGUGCCGUUUUUUGGAAGUCAAACUAUAGUUGACCGUGCAGUCGAUGAUAUAUCAUGCAUGUUCGAUGUCCCUCGACACUCAUUGCAUAUUCUAGCUUGCUCGAAAGGAUAUGUAAGUGGGCAGCUGUCGUUCCGAGAGCACGAUGGCAACUUCAUAAACUGCAGUGGGAACCCGAAUGGCAUAGUAAUACCUUCUCAUGUUCAUGGUAUUUACGAUAUAUGCUCAGAUGCAAAAGCAAUCCUAGUAGUCGAGAAAGAUGCAACAUACCAAAGACUGUUGGAUGAUAAUAUUUUGGAAAAACUCAAACCAAUUAUCAUGAUAACAGGGAAAGGAUUCCCAGAUCUCAACACACGUCUACUGGUGAAAAGACUUUGGGAAAACCUAGAGAUUCCUGUACUGGCACUGGUGGAUGCUGACCCACAUGGUGUCGAAAUUAUGUGUGUCUAUCGUUUUGGAUCGAUGUCACAAUCAUAUGAUGCUGAUAAUUUAACAGUAUCCUGUAUGCGAUGGAUCGGUGUACUUCCAUCAGAUUUGGAAAGGUUAUCAAUCGACCAAGAGGCCCAGAUUCCACUCACAGAGCAGGAUCGAAGGAAGAUUUCAUAUCUGUUGGAUAGGCCAUAUCUGAAAGCUCAUGGGUCAAUGCAACAGGAAUUAUUGGUGAUGUUGAAUACAGGUUACAAAGCAGAAAUGCAAGCAUUGUCCGGGAUUUCAACUGGAUUUUUGACCGAUGUCUUCUUACCAAUAAAGAUCAAGCAUGGUAAAUGGAUUUAA